ACUGUUGACUCCGUGUAAUCUCCAGGUCAUCUCUUCCAUUAGACACCUACUUCUUUGCAACAGUUGUGUUUUCAACCGGGGAGUACCAUAGCGUGCCACUAGCUGAGCUUCUUCGCCUCUACCCUAAGCGCCUGUAGCAGUAGAUCGCCAUCGAGACAUUCCUAGUCCCUGCUGAGCCCCAGCACGCAUGCGCAACUCGCACGCGGCCGCCCCGCCCCCACCCAUUCACUGGGGCAACCGUUGCGGGGCGCCCGGGCCCUGUCGUGGGACGGUAGGCUGCUGACAUCCCCCACCUUUGGGCCCUAGGUACCCCGGCCUGGUGGCCCCAGGACGUUCCCGUCGGAUGGCGGAGUGCUGUGAACGGCGCCCAUGAAGCCCGUGGUCCUAGUUGUGCUGUGGCUAUGGCCUUCGUCCCUGCUGGCGUAUCCGACCAUAACUGUGUUGCCUGAUGAAGAGCAGAAUCUGAAUCAUUAUGUACAAGUUUUACAGAACCUGAUAAUGAGUGUUCCCACCAGGGAGCAGGGCUCCGACAAAAAGUCAGAGGCCUCGAGAACUAUGGAAGUCGCAGAACCGAGGUCGUCGCCUGAGCUGUUGAUGCAUACUCCCGAUGAAGUUACCUCUGAGAACGAUGUUCUGAUCAGGCCCAUCAGCCAGGAAAUGACGACUUUCUCUACUAGUGGCUUCACAAUGGAUGUAGAGAGGAAAAAAAAAACCGAAAGUACAGCCUUCUGGUCCAUCCGGCCAAAUAACAUUUCUAUUGUUUUACACACGGAUGAACCUUAUAUUGAAAAAGAAGAGCCGGAGCCGGAGCCGGAACCAGAAUCAGAAUCCGCGUCUAGACCAACACUGUCUGAGCCUGAGCUCCAUCCGGAGUCGGAGCCCGAGCCAGAGCUGGAGCCCGAGACCACACAAGAGCCACAGGCAGAGGACCUAGAGUCAGACACACGGCAAAACAGGCUGCCAACGGAGAUCCCGAGGAUGUCAUCCAUGGUCACCCAUCCAUGGCUGGCAAGUACACAUGUCACCAUAACAAGGACCACCAGCAACAUGGAUUUCUCCACAGACUCUGAGGAUGUGCCCCAGCUCUCAGGCCAGUCGGAAACCGAGAGCAUCGAAGAUAUCUCUGGAAGCCACUCCCAGAGUUUGAAACAUGAGGAGAUUUUGAGAAAAAUUUCCAAUAUUAACGCAGAGAUUCAGCGGGGGCCUCUUGGUGACAGCAACAACCCCGAGUACAAGGAAUACAUUAAGGCCUCCAGGGAGCACCUGAAACGGAGCCUGGCCCUGGCUGCAGCCGCCGAGCACAAGUUACAACAGAUGUACAGAUCUCGCGUCUUCCCAGUGGAUCAGAUGAGCGAUUCGGCUGAUGACAUGGAAACGGUUAUCAACAUGCUGUACAAUUCCAGGUCCAAGUUGUCGGAGUAUUUGAAUAUUAAGCAUAUACCAACAGAGCUGAGAGAAAAGGCCACCGCCGUGACUGGUGUGUUGAAAAAACUAUUAUGUGUAGAUCAGGUAGAAAGGCAACGCUUCAUUAGGAAGCUGAUAAGCAAUAAUAUGAAAAUCCUAAAUAUCCUUGAUGCCCAGUGAUUAAACUCAUUUAAGCAAAGGGCUCGUUCACAGGAAAAGAAGCAUAUUAGUGAUUUCAAAAGUUGCCUUAAAUAUUUUCUAUUAUUAUUCAAUGUGCUAACAUCCUUAUGUGUCAUGUCAUAAAAUAUUUUCAUAUGCACUAAAAACAUAACAAUUUUAAAAUAAAAAUUUGCUUCAUGA